AGGAAGGAAAGAAGGAAGGAAGGAAGGAAGGAAGGAAGGAAGUAAUGUGAUAACGAAUGAUAACACAUUUUUUAGAGGUUGUUAGGAGUUCUGCAAUCAUUCACUUGUAUAUAAGAAAUAUAAAAUAUUGUUAUAAACAAAUACAGAUAUUCAUGUAUUUAUGUACAAGACAAUAUCUUGCAAUGAGUCACUGUAGCGUACCUAAUUGUAAUAAUCGAUAUAACUGGAAAAGAAAAAGUUUGGAGCAACUUGAUGAAAAAAGUAAUUAUGGAAAAAUAUCUUUCCACACAUAUCCAAGAGAUAUUGUCUUGAGAAACAAAUGGCUGGAAGCAUUAAAUCUAAAAGAUUAUAACCUCUGUAAGUCAUCAGUUGUUUGUUCUGAACACUUUAGAAAAAAUGAUUAUGAAGAAUAUUAUAAGCAAAAGAAAUUGAAGAAAGAUGCUAUUCCACAUUUAUUUAACAAGAAAGACUUAGAAAGGAUACAAAAUAAUAUAAAGCAGAAAUUAUCAACCAAUGUAGAAAAUUGGAGGAAUAUUGAAAUUAGUCACAAAACAUCAACCAACAAUAUAGAAAAUUUUGGAUAUAUUAAAGCUGAUUACGAAGCACCAAAUAACAUCAUAAAAGAUAUAGCGGAUAUUAAAACAGAAUUUAUCAAAGAAGAAAAAUGUAUUAUACCAGAGGAAAUAAUUGAUAUUAAUACAAUAGAGAGAGAUAUCCCUUCACAGAAUAUUUCAUACAUGGUACAUAGAUCAACAAGUAUUUCUCCUGAAAGGAUAUUCAAUACUCCUGUCAUAGUGCAAUUAAAAAAGACUUAUAAGAAAAGAACACAAUUAUUAAAACAUAAAUUGUAUGAUGUGACAUGCAGUUAUAAAAAGGCAAAGAAACAAAUUUAUGAGUUGUCAACUGUUUUGACAGAAUUUCAAAAGUUGAUUACAACACAUUAUCCUGACAUACUUCAGCAUUUAAGUGAAAAUACAAAAGAAUUUAUGAAAUUAUAAUACAUCCAUAGCAGA